UUGAUAACAAAACAGAUCCUGUAAAGAAACUAAAACGUUCUUACAUGUAAGUAAACCUGAAAACUUUACAAGUGACAAUCUCAGUCCUGUAAUGAUCAUUCAAUAAGGAUGGGAUUUAAAACUUGUCUCGCUGCAUUUCUAUGCGCCUUAGUUCUGUCAAAUUAUACAGAGUCGAUGGAGCCGGUAGAUAGAGAAUGCCCAAGGUUUGCGUUCGAACACAAACUUCUUGAAAGCCUUGUACGUGUCGAACAUGCAGUUACGACAUUGGGAAGUAAAUUCAACAACCUUGAAGAACGCAUGGACAGAUUGGAAAGUGGACAUAACUGUGACAAAAAAGCUAUUGCCUUCACGGCCGUUUUAGAUCACAAAAUAACGUUCAGUUCUCGGGAUAUUCUCAAAUUCAACUCUGUAUUGAACAACGCAGGAAAUGGAUACGAUCCAGAAAGUGGACUGUUUACAGCGCCUUUAUCAGGAACGUACAUGUUUUCCUUCCAACACUUUAGAACACUGGGAUACUAAACAAAUAAUGGCCCAUCUUAUGCUGGAAAACGUUCGCAAAAGUACUGCAGUUAUUAAUCCUGGAGGAAGAAGCGCUCAGAGUACUGGGGUUGCUGUUAUACUGGUACUACGUGGGCAAUCUGUUUGGAUACAAGUAUCAGACGGUCAGUUGUAUGGAAGUGACACGUGUUACGCGACUGCCUUCAGUGGGGCCUUUCUUUAUUAAAGAAAAGACUGCUUAGUUAGACUUUGUCGUAAAAUUUCUAGGAUUUGGACCAUUAAUUUAGACUUCUGCUUUUAAACACGGCUUAAUUCUUUUAAAACAGUACAUCUUAAAAAUUGAUUUUAUGUUACGUUUAUUAACUAUUUCGAAUUCAAGAUAAAGUUUUAGCUUUAUAAUAAGCUCAACUCCGAGAGUAAUGUUUUUCGAACGUUGAUUCAUUUUAAAGGCAUAUGCUAGGGUUACACAUAGAUAAUAGUGUAUUGGAAACUAACUUUGCAUGAUCUUAGAAUAUGACAACAGAUUUCCGUGUAACAGUCUGGAUAUAAGUUAUUCUUUACUUUCAGCGCAAUAUAAAUUUGAUGAAUAAAAUUCUAGUUGAUACAUACUCAAACACAUAAGAAACCGUGCGUGCUUCGUUUUUUUUUAUUAAACUUUUGGUAUAAUUGUCAUAAUCGUAUGAUGCACAGAUGUUAUACUUGGUACAUCCGGUCACUUUUUUGCCAAAAGGUUAGGUAACGCCUAAAUAGAAACGCUUUAUCCCUGCAUCGUUUAGAUAAAUGGUAAUAAAAUGGCUCAAUAAAAUGUGUUAAGUAACAAGAGAAGAAAACACGAACCAUUUGGAUUGAUUCUAAAGCUAGCAAUGCGGCGCCUUUUUAAAUGUCGAAGUAUAGAAACAUCGUCGAUUGUUUUCGCGCGGGAAUUUAAUUGCCCGUAAUCUUCAUUCAAAGAAUAGGCAGACUGUGAUAAUGUUUGGUUCUCUUCGAAUUGGCAAGACUCGCCGUAAGACGUAGUUCCUAAACCGUUAUUGAUUCAGCGAGACAUUUCAGUGUAAGACGGGACAACGUUAUGGGGCAUACUCUAUAUUUAUAAUAAAAUCAAACCACAAGUGAAAUCCAUUAAGACUAUCUGCAUAUUUUUAUGUUGGUACCUUGAUCUUGAGUAACGCAAUGUAAUGUUGGUAAGGUACGGCUUGUUUGGAGUCUAGAGUAAUGGAAUGUUAUGUUGGUAAGAUAAAUGGAAUGUAAUGUUGGUAAGAUAUGUGAUCUAGAGUAAUUGAAUGUUGUGUUUGUA